AUGCUGGAGUCUGACGCUAAAGCGUUAAUCUACUGUGCGGAUAUUUUUCGUAAUACUGUUUCAUAUGUAACUGUGCAAGGAUCCUGCAAAUCUGAUUCUAGCUUCUUACCGUACAACUACAGUAACUUCAAGUUGAAAGUUAUAGAAUUCCGGAACUCUCAGAAUCUGUGCUGGUUUUGUUGUCAUGAGUACUUAAAACAAGAUUUUGACGAAGACAUCGUGCAAAAAAUUGAUGCAGCUGUUUCGGUCUUUGACAAACCACAGAUUCCAUUAUUCUUUCAAGAGAACCUUUUGAAACUUCCACUACUAUCUAAUUCUUCAAAUACUCAUCGACCGUUACUGCCUGUUGACAAGGAUUUUUGCUGUUUUCGAGGUUCGGAUAGCUUGUCAGACAUGAGCAGGAAAAAUCCACUACGAUCUGCUCUCCUUGGCACUCACUAUCUGAUGCAGACAUGGAGUUCGUUUUAUGAUGAGCCAGUGAUGCAGCCGGGUUCAUCAACCGUGGCUUGUUUUGCCAAUCUACGCUCAUCAUUCAACGCUGCUACAAGUCUUCCACCAAACGUACCUUUGAAUAGCGGUCAAUGUCGACUACCCUCUGAUGGAUUUUAUGGAAAACGCACUGAAUCGCAGUUCUACCCGCAGAUGGAUACACAAAAUCAGCAGCAUAGGCUGAGACCUGACGCAACUUCUUCCAUCGUGUCUUGCUCACCUCCGCUCACUCCACCUGCUCUAGAACUGCUGAAACCUGGGAUGAAAGAUGUUCCCGCUUGGCUGAAGUCUCUCCGUUUACAUAAGUACACUUCUCUGUUCACUGAACUAAGCUAUGAUGAGAUGAUGAGGCUUGACGAAGUUGAGCUAGAGCGAAGAAACGUUACGAAAGGAGCGAGGACAAAAAUACUGCAAUCCAUACAAAAGCUCUAUAGUCGCAGUGCAGACUUGAGAGCAAUGCAUGAGCGUCUGGCACCUUCUCAUCCGCAGCGAUGCCUGCGUUGUGCGAUUGCAACACUUCGACAAAUGAUUGCUACUCCAAUGGUCCCUUACACCCCUUUACCAGGGGAGAGCUCUGAUUCUGUGGAUGGAUUUCUAAACAUUACAUACAUAAAUGAUCAGAAUGUGCCCGGUUUGAUUUUCAACGUUCUUCGCGAUGUCCAGCAGGCUGUCUUCGUUUGUGGAAGGCAACCUGUCAAUCUCGAGUAUGAGUACCUUCUCAUGCUUUUCACCAUUUUUGAUCGACUCUGCAGUAACGAGGCAUUCACUUCCGCGCAAAAGCAACGAGUGCAUCAAUGGAAACGACUAGCGCGCAAGGCUAUCCGUCCUGCCGAUGUUCGUCGCCAGCGAGUAGGAUUACCACAUUCGGGGAAGUGUGAAUUAUGUCAUUACAAGGAUCUUUCCCAGCGCGAAAACGGAAAAGCGAACAACAAACAAGUAGUGGCAUCCUCUCAAUUCCAUCACAAUGCACAGCAUCGUCCUGCCGAUGUAAUGGUUAAUCAGUACUCAACGCCACGAGACUGGUCUCAGGUUAUGAGGAAUGCUCAAAUAAUGGCGUCAUUGCCGUCACCGCAGUUGGCGACAGAUCAGCUAAAUGCCAGGCAUUGGCCACCAAGUUACUCUAUGGAGGCAGCCUGCAAUGGCAAUGCACAUUUGAAGAAUCGUCUGCGGCAAAUGUUACCGCUCAAUGCUCAAAUGAUAACGCAGUCACUACCGCAAUAUCGCUCUCAGCAGCACCUAAUUUCUGUGGACCAAUCUAUUCCGUUGCUUUCUGGCUCCUCUCAAUCUCAUGAAGGACCGAGCCGAUGGCCUCGUUCGAUAUAUGAAAAUCACGAACUUUUGGGUAGCGGUACUGCGGGCAGAGUUCAGCUGACGCAGCCAAUGAGCUUGUGGGAUGCACUUUCCUCGACGUGCCCGCUUGUCGAGAAGGGAGGCGAAAUGACUUCUGGAUACUGUAGCUCGACCAGUGAGCGAUCGUCUGGAGCAGGUUCACCUCGUGCUUGCGGCCAGACGCUGUAUGACCGAGUUUGUCGCGAAGUUACUGCUUUACAGCUCAGUAUUUGAACCUCACCGUGAAGUCGCCUCCGUAUCACUCCCUUUUUUGAAACUAUCAUUCACGCGUUUAAUUGGAAUUUUUUUUUAUCAAGGGGAUUGAAUUCCUUAGUGAGAUCGUUGUUGAUAUGCCAUACUUUGCGUCGACUAUCCACUUUGUUCCCUGCAUCUCAACUAGCGUCUGUUGCUGCUCUUUCAGAAACAUGAGGCGCUCAGUAUCGUCCUCAAAUACCCUUCACCGUCUUUUCGAUUGUUCACACAUAUCACCCUAGUCUCGUGUUCACUUCACGACUACGGCAGUCUCUUCAUGGUAUCUGCCUUAUCGCUUACCAUUUUUGUAAAAACCAGUGCCUAUUUUUGGUUCUGUUGCUUGUUCUUCUUUCUCUAAUCAGUCAGAUCAUUUACGUUCCGAUUUCAAGUUUCGAUAAGGUUGAUCAAACUAGAUUUGCUGUUCAUACCGUCAGAAAGACUGGAACAAGCGGUCAGCAAGCUGUAACCAUUAUGAUGAUAGCUGAUCUACCCCGAGGAUAUGCGUCUCAUUUGAGUUCAAGUCAAGUAAGGCUAAAAGCAAUUCGCUUAAGUACUCAAUUUUUUUUACUGCGGGCACGCAUUGAAUGUGACUGCAGCGCAAUUUCAGUUUUGUUUUAUUUGUUAGUUUUUAUGGAAACAAAGGUAUUGCUUAUGGGCAUGGCCGUAACGUCUUGUUUCCACGGAGAACAUGUUUGACAGCGGCGUUUAUAAACACGCUGAUCCUACUGGCUACAUAUAUAUGUAUUUACUCUGUUUGUUUUUAUGUCAUGGUUUCGAGGGGUCAAAAGUUAUUCUAAAUCCGGACCAGUGCGGCUAUGAAAAAAGCUUUCAGAUAGUGCUUUGCGCUGCUCUUUUCUUGGAUUUCCUUCAACUAUUCCAGUCUGUGCCUAGACAUUAUCAUCCUGUCAUUGUUUAUUCACUGUGCCUUUAUGAGUAGAGAUCGAUUGAUACCAUUCACUUUACUCUUGUUGAUCUACGCUAUCUUUGCCGUGUCCAUACAUUGUGAAUAGCUGUGGGAUACAGCAUCCUGCUCUUUUCUCAUCAAAGUUUCCUUUACCGUCCUACCGUCUCCGAGCUGGUCUCUGCUGCCACCGUGGCUUUUUGUUUCGUUCCCUUCGAAUCCAUUCGAACUUGCCAUUCAGCUAGAUUUCUGAUUAUGUUUCUCACUUCUCUAUUUCUUUUUGUAUAUAAUCCUAGAUUAGUAUAAGUACAUGACUGGCAUGCCGAUAUAGUUUAUUCAAAACAUUUACUAUGUUAUAUCAUACACGUGCCUUUGUAGUUUCUGUUUUGUAUUUACAGAAUAAAGUGCUGUUGAGUACAG